AUGGACGAUAAUUUAACAUUAUCAAAUAGUGGAUCAGAAUGCGAAGAACAUCCACCACUUUUCCUAGGUUUUAAAAUGAUAUUGGUAGGUGUUAUUGGUACAAUAAUAGCAAUAAUUGGUUUUCUCGAGAAUGCUCUCGUAUUUUAUACAUUUAUAAGCUCAAAAGCAUUACGAAAUAAGAAUUUAUUAUAUAUCACAUGUCUUAGUGCUUGUGAUAUAUUUAUUUGUUUUUCAUAUGUUGAAAUUAUGUCAGUACAGAUAUAUGCAGAAUAUUUUCAUUAUUUCCCAUUAUUUCGUCUAUGGCAUAAUUAUUUGAGGGUAGCAUUUGCUAUCUCUCAUAUUGCAAUUUCUACUGCAUCAUUUCUUAUCGUUGCUGCUGCAUUUGAACGAUAUCUUCAAAAUGGCACUAGCAGAACAGUGAUAUUUCGAUUUGUCUGCUGUCAUCGUGGAAAAAUUGUUAUUAUGGCAUUUCUUUUUGGUGUUUUAUUUCGUGGAACUAUCUAUUUUGAAAUACAGAUUUAUUAUUUGGAAGAAUGCGAAGGAUUUGCAAGUAUGGGUGUAAAAAUUAGUGAACUUGCUCGUAAUGUUUACUAUGAUGGAAUAUGGCGUUUUUGGACUAGACGUAUUGCUACCGUAUUUUUGCCAUUUUUUAUUUUAUUAUAUUGUAAUGCAACAAUUGUAAUCAAUUUACAAAAGAAUAAUCGCGAAAAUACGAUUAAAAUGCUUAUAUUAUAUUGCGUAUUUGGAGCUUCGAUAGCUUCAUGUAAACUUCAUAAUCGUGUCAAAGAAGCAACAAGAUCGUUGAUAAUGGUUGUCACCUGUUAUCUAUUCUCAAAUAUCAUUGAUGUUUUCAUUUCUGCUUGGGAAUAUUUGGAUGAUGCAUCAUUGUUACAAUUGGAAGAGUUUUAUUCGAUUGCAACAGAUGUUUCAUCAUUACUUACCAUAUUAGCUGCUAGUUUACGAUUUCCUAUAUAUUUAAUCAAUGAUAAAAUUAUUUUAAGAGAGGUCCGUUUUGCUAUAUGCUUUUUCUAUUAUCAUUUGGCAGUCUGUUUUUCAAUACUAUCGAAACGAUCCAAACGGAAGCAUCAUUUAAAGGGUGAAUUAAAACAGCAACUAAAUAGUCAAAACAAAAAUAAUACGCAUAAUUCCAUGGAUGAUAUUAUGCUACAUAAAAAACGAAAUGAUUUGGGAGCAAUAUGCAUAUCGUUGACAGGUAUUGGUAGACAAAGGUCACAGCAUUCAAUUGUUUCGCUGGAAAUGAUCCCAUCACGAAUUGCAGUUCGAAUUCCAUUAACUACCGAAGAACAAUCAUCUUCUGAAGUAAACGAUAAUCAUGAAACAAUUCUAUUACUCUCGUCCAAUCCAUUAUUUAAUCAAGCUGAAAAGGAUUCCUCUUCCAUACCGGAAUGA